AUGGCGUCGGUAGUUAUUCACCAGCCGCUUCUCCAAAAGGAGCUCGUGCUUCUCAUGGAAGAGGAUCGCGAUUUCGAUGACGAGCUUCGCAGAGGGCUCGACGACUUUCGCAGUGACGACUCUCCACCUCCUCGCUCAAACCCGCGCUGCGCCACGUUCCCCCUUCGCUCGCCCGCAAAACCCGCCGCUUUUUCCUCCGCCACCUCCCUCAUCUCUCCUGUUGCUGACGCACCAAUCGCCAUCCAUCCGUCACCAUCAUCCGCAGAGCAUAGCGAUCAACGGUCGCACUUCACAGCUGCCGCCGUCGCGGCACGUCGCCCCCACGCGCCUCCCCUGCCGCCUCCGCUUAGAAACAGGAGCUGGCGGCUCGGUCGCCCGCUUUUCCCAGGUAGCAAGGUCCAUCUAGCGAUUGAUAACUCCACGGUUCGAUUAAUGGUUGGGAAGUGUGUACGCUUAAAGCCGCAGGGUGAACCACACGAUGAACCACCUACUACUGAGCCAACUAGUAGCGGGGGCAGGGUAAGCUCGACUGACGCGGCGGUCGCUGCCAGCUUGGGUAGUUCUAGCAGCGUUGUGCUUGCGGGGAAUCAUGCUGCGGAAACGGCGGCGCGCGGCGGAUUGCGCGUGCUAGCGAACGAGUUCCGCGCGCUUGAACGGCUCCGCGGAUGCCCCCAUGCGGUGCAGUUGCUGGGCUGGGAUUGGUCGGCGGAACCAAUCGGCGGAGCGGAAGCCACUGGCGGGGCCGCGGCGGAGCAACGCGUUCCGUCCGAGCAGGAUUCACGGAAGCAGCAGCAGCAGGAUUUAAAAAUUGCGGAUAAGACGCAGCAGCAGGUAAUUUUCGUCACGUUACUUAUGGAGCACGUCUCCGGAGGCAGCUUAGGCUCCCUGCUCUCCGCGUUUCCCGGCGGGCUUGACGAGGCUCUGAUUCGUCGCUUCGCUCGCUCCCUACUGGAGAGUCUCGCCGCGAUUCACGCUCGAGGGGUCGCGCAUGGCGACCUGCGCGCCUCGCAUGUGCUCGUAGACGCGCUGAGCGCACACGGCGGGGGGUAUUCUGGAGCCUAUCCUGUAAAUUAUCCUCUGGGCUAUAGUUACCCCGCUAAUUGUUCCGUAAGCUAUCCGCUGCUGAAGCUGUGCGGGUUCGGAUCAGCUGUUGUGGAGGGAGGAGAUCAGCAGCAGCAGCAGCAGCAGCAGCAGCAGCAGCAGCAGCAGCAGCAGCAGCAGGGGCAGCGGCAGGAGCAAGGGGGGGGUGUUGCUAUGCAGAUGCUGGCGUGGUUGCAGGCUGCAGGGGUGGAAGCGCCGACGUCCGCUGCUGCUGGCUCUGCUGCUGCCACUGCAGAAGCGGAUGCAGCAGUAGCGGCGGCAGCGCAGGUAGCAGCAGCGAAGGCAGCAGAUAUAUGGUCCCUUGGAUACACGGUGAUAGAGCUGGCUACAGGCCAAUCCCCAACCACCCCUGCGGUGGGCCCCCACCCUCCGUCCCCUCUCCUCCCUCUCGCCCGCACAACACUCAAGCGCCCCAAGCCUCCCCCGGGCUUAUCCCACGACGGAAAAGACUUCCUUAAGAGGUGCUUCGUUAGAGACCCCACCGCGCGGCCUACAGCGCAGCAGCUGCUGUCGCAUCCGUUCAUAUUGUACCAGCUCGCACCAUCUUCCCCUCCACUUCCCCUUUUUCCUCCUCCAUUUCCUACCACUCCUGCUCCAUUGUACGGGUUUCCUUGCUUCUCCUCCUCUCCCUGGAUACCUGCUGCAGGAGCCAAUGCGUUUGCUGGCAACAGCGCUGCUGCUGCGCUUGCUGCUGCUGCAGGUGCUCCUGUUGGUGCUGCAGAGCGUGCUGUUGCUCCACCUGCUACGGCUUCCCACCCCCAUCUCUCCCAGCUCUCACCUGCCGACGAUCCUCGAAGCACGUGUGCUUCUCACCAGCUGCUGCUGCAGCGGAGAAGGCAGGAACGGUCCGAGGAGCAGCAGCAGAGGCACGAGGUAGCUGGAGCGAGCGGGAGAGUGGGCGGGAAAGGUGGGGCUGCUGCUGAGGGGUUGCGUGGUUGUCAGAGUGAGAACGGCCUGCAGCAGCUGAAUGUAGCAGCAGCAGCAGCAGCAGCAGCAGCAGUGGCAGACGCAGGGACGAGCGAUGAGCAGAGGGGGCAUCUGGAGGAAAUUGUGGGGGUGAAGGUCUCGGAGAGGCAACCCACGCCCUACUACCCGGUUGCUGAUAGUGACGAGGAGAAUGACGAUGCUGAUUGCGUUGGCGCUGCAGCUGCUGCUCCUGCUGUUGCGGGUGGAAACGUUGAUGGUGCUGGCAGCAAUAGGCAAAGCAGCAGCAGCAGCACUGUGUGGGUACCUAGCAGCCCCUCUGCACCGCCGCUAGUCAGACGAGCCGCCAGCACCACUAACUCCCUGCCUGUGGGUGCUGCGAAUCUGCCUAGAUUCGCAGCGGCACUGGUGCUCGGAGCAGGGGCAGGAAUGGAGGCAGGAGUGGGGGCAGGGGCAGGAGCAGGAGCAACGGCGGGUGGGUGGGUUACAGAAGGAUUAGUGUCAGGAGGAGGGGCAGGAGGGUGGGUUACAGGAGGGGUUACAGGAGGGGUUACAGGGGGAGAAAUCACUGAAGGGGGUUUCCCAGGAGGGCUAGGAGGAGGAAUGGGAGGAAUGGGAGGGAUGGGAGGAAUAGGAGGGAUGGGAGGGAUGGGAGGGAUGGGAGGGAUGGGAGGAAUGGGAGGAAUGGGGCGGACGGCCAGUGGAGGGGGUGUGGGUUCACCCCCCCACGUGGAACUGCUGGCGCCUUUCCCCUCCCGAGGCAAGAGCUCCCUGAGUCAUGUUAGCAGCAUGGUGCUCCGAUCCCCCACGCCCUACUCUCUUUCUCCGGGCAAUGCUGACGUGGAUGAUGAGCUGGCAGCUGCUGCUGCUGGCGUGGCAGGGAGUAGCCCUAGGGUAGGCACAGGAGGAAUGGGAGAGGAAGGGAGAAGAAGCAGAGAGGAGGAGGAGGAAGCAGGGGAGGAGGAGGCUGCGGAGGUGUGGCUGCAGCAGCUGGGGAGGCAGGGGAAGU